AUGGAUAAUUCAAAGGGGGACGCGGGAGUCUCGGCAUUUGACGCGGUUCUCCCCCCGCCUCACCCUCCCGGUGAGCUGGUUCGCCAGGGGGCUGAGGCGCGCAUCUACUCAGCCCAACUCCUCACCACACUUCCCAAGCCCUGCAUCGUGAAGGAGCGCUUUGUGAAGACCUACCGACAUGAAACCCUGGACGCCCUCCUCUCCCUCAAACGAAUGCGCGCGGAGGCUCGUCAACUGCUCAAAUGUCGCCAACUAGGUCUGCCCGUGCCGGCCAUCUACCACGUGGACAUGGCUCGACGACAGCUCUGGCUGGAGGAUGUGGGCCCCAACGCGGUGCCCCUCGGUGCCUGGCUCUCCUGCCUCCUGCAGGACGAGCAUCUUGAUCGGGGCGAGAAAAGCGAGAAGCUGGAGCUAAUGGCACACCGUCUGGGUGAUUUGCUGGCCAAGAUGCAUGCCAAUAAUGUCAUCCACGGAGACUUGACUACUGCAAACAUCCUCGUCCAGAUGGUGGGUCUGAUCAAAUUGUGCUCGUUGUGCAAGUUGAAGUGA